UUCUCUCACCCUUCGUCCUUCCUUCUAUAUAAACCUUCCUCUCCUCGUCCUCUUUUCUCAUCUCCUCAAGCCAUUUCAAAAUCAAAUCUAGUUUGAGAGAGAUAACACAGACGAAACCAAGCUUCUUCCAUCUCGUUGCCGCAGAUCAAACUUUCCUAUUCCUCGGAUAAACCUCUCUUUCUGCGGCUGCGAAACAGAGGAACAAACCUCACAAACCAACAAAAAAGUUUCAACCUUUAUCUUGUCUGUUCUAUCUCUCUCUCUCUUCCAAGAAUGGCUCGUUCUCUCUCUAACGUUAAGUUCGUAUCUGCUUUCGUCUCUCAAAAACUCUCAAAUGCAAUCUUCCGACGUGGUUAUGCGGCUACGGCGGCGCAGCCGAGCAGUGGAAAAGGUAGAGCCGUUGUUCCGGCGGUGAUGAAGAAGGGAGUGGAAGAAUCGAACAAGAAGAUUUCCUGGAUUCCUGAUCCCAAAACCGGUUAUUACAGACCGGAAACCGGUUCCAACGAGAUUGACCCAGCGGAGCUACGAGCAGCUCUCUUAAACAAAAAGCAGUGAUUGAUUAAUUUAGAAGAUGGUCUUUUUGAUUAAUUAUUUGAUGUUUAUUUUAGUGUCUUGAGGGGAGAUUAAAGGAAGAAGGUAAGAUCUGAUGCAGUGAAACCUAUUUUCAUCUGCUACGUGCGAUUCAGUAAUAAAUGUAUAGAGAAGCCUUUUGGUUUCUCUAUGUUGGUAACAUAUGGAUCGUUGGAUGUAUGAUGUAUCCAAUAUAGUUUUCUAAAAAUCAUCUAUUUAUCAUCAA